UCUCCCCCAUCAUCUUCGGUUUGUCGGUUUUUUGUGACGAUGGAGACAAACCCGACGGCACCGCCCACGUCGAGAACGCAUAUCAAGGACGACAACCGUCAUUUGCUCCACCACCACCACGACGCUUUCCCAGCAACCACCAUUCUUGUGGUGGUGAUACCCGUCGUCAUCAUCAUUUUACUCAUCGUAAUCUCUCUUAUCGUGGCAUUGCUCCGCCGCGUAAAGUCUUCGAAGCCGAACGCAAACAGCCAGGACAACACGAAUUGCAUGUUCGUCGCUCAUAGCAUCAUAACGUUCAAUGCGAACCCAGAUGGGAAAAGAGGAUGUUUGUACGGAGGAAACCAAUGCAGCCUACCAUCGGCAACAUUUAAAGGGGUACAAGUGUUCACAUAUAAAGAGCUCGAAUCCGCUACAGACGGGUUCACCCAAGCGAACCUUGUCGGUAAGGGUGGGUUCGGGUCGGUCUACCGUGGGAUGCUACGUGAUGGCACUCUUUCCGCUAUUAAGAUGCUUCAUAGGGAGGGCAAGCAAGCUGAACGAGCUUUUCGAUCAGAGGUGGAUUUACUAAGUCGUUUGCAAUGUCCAUACUUGGUGGACCUGCUUGGAUAUUGUGCUGAUAAUCAGCACAAGCUCCUCGUAUUCGAGUACAUGUCGAAUGGUACUCUUCACAACCAUCUCCACCCGUCGGAUGAUCGAUCUCGCGUAUUGAAUUGGGGUAUCCGGUUGAGAAUUGCCCUCGAUUGCGCAAGAGCGCUCGAGUUCCUCCACGAGCACACCACCCCAUCGGUCAUACACCGUGAUUUUAAAUCUACCAAUAUCUUGUUGGACGAAAACUUUCGUGGAAAAGUCUCUGAUUUUGGGCUGGCCAAGAUCGGAUCCGACAAACAAAACGGGUUGAUCUCGACCCGUGUUUUAGGAACCACUGGAUAUUUGGCACCCGAGUACGCUUCGACUGGAAAGCUUACGACCAAAUCAGAUGUGUAUAGCUACGGUGUUGUUUUGUUAGAGCUCUUAACGGGUCGUGUACCUAUCGACACUAAACGGCCACCUGGAGAGCAUGUCCUCGUCUCUUGGGCUCUUCCAAGGUUAACAAAUAGAGGUGAAGUUGCGAAAAUGGUUGAUCCAAAUCUACAUGGCCAGUUAUCGAGAAAGGAUCUAAUUCAGGUGGCGGCUAUUGCAGCCAUGUGUGUGCAAACCGAAGCUGAUUAUCGGCCUCUAAUGACAGACGUUGUACAAUCGUUGAUUCCUAUAGUACACAAUGUAUCUUCCGGGAGCUCGUCUGGUUCUUUCAGGUUUAGCAAACGAGUAAGCCCUAGAUCUUAGAGAUUGCUCGAAUCUUGAUCUGUAUUGUAGCUAAAAACCAAACUAAAAUAAUCCAACAUAUCCCACUCGGAGGUAAGAGUCUGGUGAGGAUAGUGUGUAUGUAGACUUGUCAUCUAGCCUAAGGAGUAGACCAGUUGUUUCUAUGAACACCAUUUGAAUAGUAGUCGAUAUAUUCAAUUAAA